CGGCGGCAGCCUUGGCUUGGAGGGAGGGAUGGUGGGUGCGGGGGCAGGUGGGCUGCUUCUCUCCGCGCUGUACCUGACCUGAGCUUAUCCAGAGACUUUUAUUUACUGGGGGAGGGGAGGAAAGCAGGGGCGGGAGGUGGUUGCUAUUUUGGAUGCAAAGAUCUGGGGACGGGAAACCGCACACGCACAGACACACACACACACACAGACAGACACUGAAACCAAGGACAACCCCAAAAAGGACUCACUUUGCCUUGAUGACUCAACGCAACUAAUAAUCAUUUCUCUCCUCUCGCUGUGGCGAGUCCCUCCUGCUCCUCCUGCUGCUGCUGCUGCUGCUGGCAGAGGAGGGAGCGAUUGAAAGUGACACAUCGGGGGCUGCCGCCUCUUCACCGCGAUCACAAGCGCCCGCUUCCCGGCUCCUCCUGCUGCCGCUUCUCCUCCCGCUGCCCGGGAUAGCGGGCCCUUCGGGCGCGGCCUCCCGCCCCCUCGCCGCCCCGCGAUUGAUUUUCUCCGCCGAAGGUGUGAGAAGUGGGGCCUCUCCCUCUCUCUCUCUCUCUCCCCCGUCGGAGCCAGUCGCCUCACCUCGUCCUCCCCCCGGCCCCGUCCACUCCCCCGGCUGCCCUGUGUGGAAGGGGCUCUGCCCAAGAAGACCCCCUGACCCGGGACCUUAAAGCUCGGACUGGAGGAGAAGGAGAAGGGGGGCAGCUGGGUGGGGAGGGGGGGAGGAAGUAGAAAGGAAGAAAACACGAACGUAAAAGGAGGAAACAAGAAAACUUUCCACCCUGGAUUCUCUACUUUUGAUCCAUGGACAGAGCCCAACUCAGCCAACUUACAGACAGACUAUAAGCAGUCCUUGUUCAUUUUACUGUGAUCUGCCUGUGGGAACUUUGUCUCCAAGUCAAAGUAGCAUGGAGCGGAGAAGUGAGAGUCCCUGUCUAAGGGAUAGUCCAGACAGAGGGAGUGGCAGCCCUGAUGUCAAAGGUCCUCCCCCAGUGAAGGUGGCCAGGCUGGAGCAGAAUGGCAGUCCUAUGGGAACCCGAGGGAGGCCCAAUGGCUCUGUGACCAAAUCAGUGGGAGGUUUGAUGAUUCCUGUCUUUUGUGUGGUGGAGCAGUUGGACACCUCCCUUGAAUAUGAUAAUCGAGAGGAGCAUGCAGAGUUCGUUCUGGUUCGCAAAGAUGUCCUCUUUAGCCAGCUGGUGGAGACGGCGCUCCUGGCUCUGGGGUAUUCCCACAGUUCUGCAGCUCAGGCCCAAGGAAUAAUCAAACUUGGGAGGUGGAACCCUCUCCCCCUCAGUUACGUGACCGAUGCACCAGAUGCGACAGUAGCCGACAUGCUACAAGAUGUCUAUCAUGUUGUGACAUUGAAAAUCCAAUUACAAAGUUGUUCAAAGUUGGAAGACUUGCCAGCAGAGCAGUGGAACCAUGCCACAGUCCGCAAUGCCUUAAAGGAACUGCUUAAAGAGAUGAAUCAGAGCACAUUAGCCAAAGAAUGCCCUCUCUCCCAGAGUAUGAUUUCAUCCAUUGUAAAUAGCACAUACUAUGCCAAUGUAUCAGCAACCAAGUGCCAGGAGUUUGGGAGAUGGUAUAAAAAGUACAAGAAGAUUAAAGUGGAAAGAGUGGAAAGAGAAAACCUAUCAGACUAUUGUGUUCUGGGUCAGCGUCCCAUGCACUUACCAAAUAUCAACCAACUGGCAACCUUGGGAAAAACUAAUGAACAAUCUCCUCACGGCCAAAUUCACCACAGUACUCCAAUCCGAAAUCAAGUGCCAACAUUGCAGCCAAUCAUGAGCCCUGGUCUCCUGUCGCCUCAGCUCAGUCCACAACUGGUAAGGCAGCAGAUAGCAAUGGCCCACCUGAUAAACCAACAGAUUGCUGUAAGCCGGCUAUUGGCUCACCAACACCCACAAGCUAUCAACCAACAGUUCUUGAAUCAUCCACCCAUCCCUAGAGCUGUCAAACCAGAGCCAACGAAUUCAUCAGUGGAAGUCUCUCCAGAUAUUUACCAGCAAGUCAGGGAUGAGCUGAAGAGAGCCAGUGUGUCCCAAGCUGUCUUUGCGAGAGUGGCAUUCAACCGUACCCAGGGAUUGCUGUCAGAGAUCCUGCGUAAAGAAGAAGACCCUAGGACAGCUUCCCAAUCCCUCCUGGUAAACUUGAGGGCAAUGCAGAAUUUCCUCAACCUGCCUGACACAGAGCGGGAUCGUAUAUAUCAGGACGAGAGAGAGAGAAGUAUGAACCCCAAUGUGAGCAUGGUGUCUUCGGCAGCCAGCAGUCCGAGUUCUUCCAGAACCCCCCAGGCCAAAACCUCAACACCGACAACAGACCUCCCCAUUAAGGUGGACGGCGCCAACGUCAACAUCACAGCUGCCAUUUAUGACGAGAUCCAACAGGAGAUGAAAAGGGCCAAGGUGUCUCAGGCCCUGUUUGCCAAAGUGGCUGCCAAUAAAAGUCAGGGAUGGCUGUGUGAGCUGCUCCGCUGGAAAGAGAACCCAAGCCCGGAAAACCGCACCCUCUGGGAAAACCUCUGCACCAUCCGCCGCUUCCUGAACCUUCCCCAGCACGAGAGGGAUGUGAUCUACGAGGAAGAGUCCAGGCAUCACCACAGCGAGCGCAUGCAGCACGUAGUCCAGCUCACUCCUGAACCUGUGCAGGUCCUGCAUAGACAGCAGUCCCAGCCUGCAAAGGAAAACACACCUCCAAGAGAAGAGGCCCCCCCUCCACCUGCUGAGGACAGUUGUGCCAAAAAGCCAAGAUCCCGCACCAAGAUAUCCUUGGAAGCUUUAGGCAUCCUUCAAAGUUUUAUCCAUGAUGUAGGCCUGUAUCCUGACCAGGAGGCCAUUCACACUCUGUCUGCUCAGCUGGAUCUGCCCAAACACACGAUCAUCAAAUUCUUCCAGAACCAGCGUUACCACGUAAAGCACCACGGGAAGCUAAAAGAGCAUUUGGGAACAGUGGUUGAUGUGGCAGAGUACAAGGAUGAGGAGCUGCUGACUGAAUCGGAGGAGAAUGACAGUGAAGAAGGCUCCGAGGAAAUGUACAAAGUGGAACCCGAAGAGGAGAAUCCUGACAAAAGCAAGGCAACUCCUUCAGAAAUUGAUCAGAGAUAAUGUGAGCCCAUGAUACAGAAAGCAAUACAUUGAUCCAAGGAUUUUCUGUUUGUUUUCACUAAUUUGUUUUUUUCUCUUUUUGCAUUUGUUGUUGUUGUUUGUUGUUGUUUCUGUUGCACACGAUCCGUGUGAAAACUGAAUGAAUUCAGCAUUGUCCAAUUAAAACAUCGCCUUGACAUAGACACUUGAGUGUUACACUUUUACGUUUGACUGAGAUAAUAGUUGUAAUCACAUAGGAUUAUGCCUGUUUUAAUCUUGCACUUAUGAAAAGGACAUCUAGCAAGUAAACAGGAAGAAAAAGACCUAUGAAAUCAAUGAAGGAAAAUUUACAGCUGUGUGCGUGUGUGCGUGUGCGUGUGUGCGUGUGUGUGUGUGUGUAUACACACAUAAAAUUUUAUAUAUAUAAAAAUUGCAUGGGACAGAACUUUACAAUCCGAAAGUAUAGACUGUGAAAUGAGUUCUUUAAAGAUGAAACUUGUUUAUGUAUUAAAACCACUUCACAAUGAGUUGCUUUGGCUUUUUGAUAACUGCCGCCUGCUCUCAGGGUGUGGUGACUAUUUUUGAAUUCCUAUUUAUUUUCUAUGUUUAUCCCUGAUUUUUUUUAUUAUUGUUAUUAUAUGGCUUCCUAUCUGGCAACUUGAUGGGUAAUUUUUGAGGUAUGUAUUUAAAGACAUAAAUCAACACUGCCAAAAAAAGAAAAGAGAGAAAAUGGGGGAAAAAAAAUCAGGGCACCUUAAAAACAACUACUAUGUUAAAGUACUUUAAACCACAGUGCAUACGUAAAGUGAUACAGCACGUUCCAUUAUUCAGACUGCCCUUUCUGUAGUGAACAGAUGAAUUUUCAUGGAAUUCAAAAUGAGUAAAACUGAAAUUCAGUGCAUAGAAGACUUGUCCGUUAAUGAGGUCUUGAUUAAAAAAAUAGCAUUUUGGGAUUUGAUGUAUGGAAUUCAUACUAUGAACCACGUUUUACUGUGGAGUUUAUUUACUUGUUCUCUGUUUCAGUUCUUAAAAUUUAGACAUUUUAUACCUUUUAUUUUUUGUUGCUUUUAGUUUUUAUUAUUAUUUUUUGAUUCAACAUAAAGUCAAGUUAGGAAACUAGAACGUCAAAAGCCACAUGGGUAGAAAACUGUCCAGUUAAAUGGAUUGAUAAAGGGGGUCUCCCACUCUUGGCUUCCCUUUUCCUUUCCCCUUUUAUGGCUAUUAAAUUUGGGCUUCCUUUGUUUCAUGCACAUUAUUUCAGUGGUACUAAGCGCUCUCAGCCACUGGUCUCACAAGCUGCAGCCCACAUUCAGUGCAUGGCAGCCCUGAUGCGAACACAUUUUUCAAUCUUCCUGCAGCCUAGCAGCUCUAGGUAAUAAGAAUGAGCGGCGAUAUCUGUGUAGUCACCGUCUUGUCAUAAAUUGAAACAUUUUCCCAGACACCUAACCUAGCAAUUACAUUACAUAAAGCAGAACUUAUGCUGACUGACUCUUCAAUGGUAUGAGCACUAAAGCUGCAAUCUACUAUAGUUUCCAACUGUUUGAGGCAUCUUGUUGGGAGCCACACCAGGUGGCAUUACUUCUCACUUCCAUGUAAUGAUUUCCAAGAGAAGACCUCACCUUCACUACUAUUGCAGCUGGACUUACUGCAGACUCCUUCUAAACUGCAGUCAGAACCGUAUCUGCAGGGUUUCUUUUCUGUACGUGUUGUGCUUUUAUGUAACCUUGACAAAGACCUCAUGCAAUAUCGCUUUGAAAGUUAUUUUCUGUUUACCACACCAGGCAUUGUAAUAUAACUGUUAAUACUAUUUAUAUAUUUGAAAGGUAUAAAAGUAGGAGUAAAAACAAAAAACAAACCUCUGUGUUGAUAUUUACUCAGAACGUACAAUAUACAGGGAGAAGACAUGUUGCAAUACAAGCUAAUUCUAGCUGCUCAGUAACCUCUGGAGUUUUUAAAGGGACUUUUUCAAAUAAUGUUUUGAAACAUAACAGUAGCUCUGCAUUAAUUUUAUGUACCUUUGCAAAAUGAUGGUGGUUUGCUUAAUUAAGCCCUUCUUGCUCCUCCUUCUUUAUUUCUGUAGUAUGCUGCAGCUUUAAUCCGAAGUUCAAUGGUUGCUGCUUUAUGUUCUUUGAAGAGUUACUCUUUCAAAACUGUCUUCUUUUGCUGUUACUGAAAUAACUCCAUCGGUGUAAAAGGAAACUGAUUUUUGCCCUUGCAAGAUUGUUCAUCGGUUGAUGACAUCAACAUUUGGUAUCUUUUACACUUCAACCAAAAAUUUUAUUAGGUAUUUUUUCAAUGCUGAGUCUUGCCUUUUAUUUUUAAUUUCACUGCCAAUUUUGCAGUGGUUCUAAGUGAAUCUGUGGGCAUUUUAGCCUGUGGUCUUGCCAGAACUUUGCGAAUUACAAUGCAUAUAUGUCUAUUUAUUCAGUAUCCAUCAUAUAAUAUCUAUUUGGAAAAAGAAACUUUUCUUGUAGUGCCUCUUAACAAAGCACAAUUUUCCGCCUUUUUUGUGAAAUAAAAAAUAAUAAAAAAAAUCAAAAAACAAAUUGUGUUUUAUUGCGGUAUCAACAAUGUGA